AUGGCGAGCUCUGCAGAGGACCCUCGCUCAAGCCACGGCAGCACAACCACGGUGCUGGUUGCAAAUACGGCGAGCUCCGGCCGCCAAGGGCCGUCGAUUCAAGCCGCAGGUGUAGACACGAACAGGGCGCACAUCCGUCAGCCCGGGAGUGCGGACACCACCGUCCACGAUUGCUAUGCCCAGAAUCAAAGAAAACAUGAACACAGCCAACAGGCCAAGCAGAAAACAAGAAAUACCAGUGGCAUCCUGUCUCCUUUCUCCAGCACGGCAAGAUUCCUCUGUUCUUCAGUUGAUGCAGUGGAGGCCGAUUCUUCCUCUUGCAAGUUCCCCGGUGAAGUCUCUCCGGCGAACUAUCUCGGCCUGAAGAACGGCAUCAUCAGCGGCGAGGCCGUAUGGCUUGUUUUUACGAACUCAGAAACUCAGUGGUAG